AAGUUAAAAUAACCUGCAAGUAACCAGAGCCACGACAUAUUUAAAUGACAUAUUUAAAUAAUUGGUGGGGAUGAAGGAUAUAGAUAGCAUCAUAGCUGCAAGAUGCUUAGAGAGCAAGGAGAUUCAUUUGAUCAUUUGAUGAUUCCUGAUCAGAUCUUUCGAGCUGGUGUUUGGCCUGUAUUUAUUUUAUUUAACUAGCCUGUUCUACGCUGUAUUAAAUAAAUAUUUUAUCACUAAAUGGUGGUUGUCUUGUCCAAGUUGUCUUUCUUUCUUUUUGCCUCUCACCAACCUCCUCCUCUUUCCUCCGCUUCCUCCUCCUCCUCCUCCAAACUUCAUCCAACUUCAUCCAACAACCACUGUGCACACGACACACGACACACCGCACCCCCCGCCUCUUCAUUUCUCCUCCACCCCACCCCGCUGGCAGAUAAAGGCUGUCAGCGAGACACCUCUGCCUGGCUCCCUCUUUCUCGCCUCCUUUUUCCACCAACCCCUCCUCUGUCGACCCGGUUACAUGUCACUAUUUAAGUUAAAUAGCGGUUAUUUACUGAAGUGUGGAACGCCCCUCCAUCUCCAUCAAUAAAUAAGCCUAUUCGCUCUCUCUGUCUGCCGUCAAUAAUACUUGUGUGAAUUCCCCUAUGUGUGCCUUUCUGCCGUGAUCCAGAAAUGGCGUCUCAAUCCAAUGUUUAUGGCCGGGACCAGUUCAUGAAUCCAGGGCCUGCCCCGCGCCCACCAGUCGAUCGCCCCCGCGUCAACACAGGCGGAUCUACCAAUUCCUCUGUUGCUACGAGUUUUGCCCAAAUGUCUCUAAACUCCCCGUCCACCACUACGCCCACCCUCUCCGUCUUCCCAAACUCCAGCCAGCUUUCAUUGAGCCAGACCAAAACACAUCUGAGCAGCAUGGGCGGCGUCAGUGUCAUCAAGGAAGGCUAUGUCCGCUGCAAGGAGGACAAAUUCCUGGCGAGCUGGAACCAGCGCUACCUUAUCCUUCGCGAAUUCAGACUGGACUUUCUGAAGAAUGAAACAGGGAAGGUGGUGUUAUCUAUCCAGCUGAGCCAUGUCAUUAGGGUUUCACGAUCGGAAGACUGCAAAAUGGCCUUCGAAAUCAUCCGGAUAGCGAACCCCAAGGAUGCAAACAAUCGCAACCCUUCUGUUAACCGAGAACUGGCUACUAAAUCCAUAACCUGUGAGGUCAAGAACGACGAUGAAAUCUACGAAUGGAUCGACAAAAUUUACGAGCGAUGUCCUGGAAUGGGCGGCGUGUCCAACCCAACCAACUUCAACCAUCGCGUGCAUGUCGGUUUUGACCCGCGGACAGGUGCCUUUACAGGACUUCCGGCAGAGUGGGAGAAACUCUUAUCUACAUCAGCAAUCACUAAGGAGGACUACAAGAAUAACCCACAGGCUGUGAUUGAAGCCCUGGAAUUUUACGACAGCAAAAUGCGUGAGAACCAGGACUAUUACGAUGUCACGCAUGGUAUUAAGGGUGCUAAUACGAUGGCAAUCGGAAAUUCUAUCACUGGGCCCAGGCCAAACCAGCAGGGAGGACUGCAACGCCUCGAUAGCCAACAAAGUGCUGGAGAUCUCUCCCAGAGCUCUUCACCUGCACAGUCCCAACGCAAGGCGUCAGAUCCAGAGCGCCCAUACGACGACCGGUCGAAAGAAAUGCCCGAUACAGAGCAGCGACGUCGUAUGGACGAAGAGGCUCGUCGCAUCCGAGAAGUUCAACGUCAGCGUGAAGAGGAGCAAAAUCGCCGCGAACAAGAAGCAUAUAAUGCUUCGCUUCCCAAGAAUCGCGUCCCAAUUGCGCAACAGGAACUGGGUGGCUAUUCAGAUCCAGAUCGAUAUAACCCUUCGAGGGCACCACCCAAGGUUCCUGGUGCUGAUCGCACUCGACAACAGACCCCCGGUUCAUUGAGACAGAUGACUGCGCAGCGUCCUGCUCCUCCACCACCUACUGCUCAACAAAAUGGCUCUCAACCAUCUUCACAGAGGCCAGACGAAACCGGCCAGCAAGGGUCUCUACGUGCUGCUCCACGCCAAGAUGGAUCUCGACCACAACAGUCUUCGAACACCAGUCGUUACAAUGGUGGAGAGGCGCGUCACCAGACUUCAGUUAAACGGCCAACGCAAAACAAUGGCGCUAGUCCUCAAGGUCCUGCUCCGAGUCGCCUCCCGGCUCCUGUCCAGACAGUGAAACCUCUUAACAUUGCUAAUAAACAAACAGCUACCAGUACGAACAAAGCUGCCGUUCCCGAUGGGGUCCGCCAGGCCGAAGCUGCUUUGACGAAGAAACCCGCGGAGUCUCGGCAUAAGGAUGUGCGAAUGUCGACCAUGACCGAAAGUGAAGUGAUGGAGAGACUCAAGCAGAUCGUAUCUAGAACUAACCCUAAAGAAUCAUAUCACAAGUAUCGCAAAAUUGGACAGGGAGCGUCUGGAUCUGUGUAUGUGGCUCGCGUUAAUGACAAGGCGCCAUCCUACGUUGCCCAAGAGGUCUACCAGAAAAAUGGCCCGCGUAGCCAGGUUGCCAUUAAACAGAUGGACCUGAGAAGUCAACCUCGAAAAGAACUUAUUGUGAACGAGAUCAUCGUGAUGAAAGGCAGCUCACAUCCGAACAUUGUCAACUACCUGGAGUCUUUCCUUCAGGAACAGGACAACGAGUUAUGGGUUGUCAUGGAGUUUAUGGAAGGUGGAGCUCUUACGGAUGUCAUUGACCAUAAUCCGUCUAUACAGGAAGACCAGAUCGCUACUAUUUGUUACGAGACAUGCAAAGGCUUGGCACAUCUCCAUAGUCAGUCGAUCAUACAUCGUGAUAUCAAAAGUGACAACGUGCUGUUGGAUCGUGCUGGGAACGUGAAGAUUACUGAUUUUGGCUUCUGCGCUAAACUUACCGAAUCAAAGAGUAAGCGAGCUACCAUGGUCGGCACGCCGUAUUGGAUGGCACCAGAAGUUGUGAAGCAAAAGGCAUACGGCCCACAGGUUGACAUUUGGUCACUGGGCAUCAUGGCAAUCGAGAUGAUUGAAUCAGAGCCUCCAUACCUCAACGAAGAGCCACUGAAAGCUCUAUACCUCAUUGCCACGAACGGAACCCCAUCCUUGAAAAAGCCCGAGAAGCUUAGCAAGGAGCUGAAAUCCUUCCUCAGCGUGUGUCUCUGCGUCAAUGUACAGAGCCGUGCCACCUCCGAGGAGCUCUUGUCUCAUGAAUUCCUGCGGUCUGGCUGUAGCCUAGCUAGCCUUGCCGAGCUGCUUCGAUUCAAGAAGAAUCCGGGCCAGUAAGAUAAUUCAAGUGGAAGGGAAAAGGAAAUGCUGCACUGUUGUGUGUUUUUUGUUUCAUUCUUUUUGUCUUUCUAUUCUCCUUUUCUUUCUUUUCUCUCCUUGCUCUUCCGGUUUCUUAGACCCUUCUAAAUUCAAGAAGAGGGAAGAACACUCGCGCAAUUGGGAUAACCUCUCUCCCUACCCCCUCUCACAACGAGAUUCUACGAACAAAAGAAGACAAUAUAUGUUUCUUUUGAAAAACGCAGGGCAACCAAGCAAUAACAAUAUACCCCAACCCAUCGCACGAACACGCCCUCGGAAAAAUAUUUGCCAUAAAUCUACCACAAUCAAAACACGAUCUGCCACGACCUCUUUUGCCAGGGAUAUCUUCUUUCUUGCUCUCUGUGUUCCUUUUUUCCUUUCUUACCCUUUUCCUUUUUAAACGGAGCAUGUGGGCGGAAUUUCUUUCUACAGGGCCAGUUGAAAUAAAAUUCAGAAAUUGAUGGAUAGUUUCGGAUGGAAAUUUUACAACCCUGCAUAGCAACUUUUCCAUUGUUUUUUUUUAUUUUUUUUCUAUUUUAUUUUUUUAUAUCUUCUAUUUUAUAUUUUAUUUUGCCUCGCAUAUUCUAUUUGUCCGUUUUUGUUGCUUCUUUCCUCUCUUCUUUCGCCUGCCCUAAUAUUCUCAUCCUUUUUCCUCCAGUGUGUCCUGAUUUACGUACAGAUACUUGACUGAUUGCGUUUAAUUCGGAGUUAUAUCCCAUUUUUCUUCCGCGCCUUUUUAUCGCCCUUUCUCAAUCCCCUCCCCACCGCCCCUAGCUUAUCAGGAUCGCGUUUGUUCAAUUCAUAAAGGUUAAUGUGACGUGCUCCCUCCCCUCUCUCACCUUCCACCUCUUCUUCUCUACAAAAGCCCGACGACGACCCAUCAGUAUCAGAAUAAUAAGCAAGGCAAAAAUAUACCCUCAAUAGAUAAAUCGUUUGAUCUCGCCCGUAUUCUCUUGCCGCAAUUUCUUUCCUCUUUCUUUCUCUUCCCACUCCCACUCCAGCGCUUCACCCUUUUCUCAUACCCGCGCAGACUCCCCGCUGUUCACCUAUUCUAUGGCAUACAGCCUCUCUUCUCUCUCUUCCUCCCCCCCAACCUCCAUCCCCAUCUGCCUCUCUAAUUCAGGCCAAUUUUCCUCUAGUUAGCAGAAGCUUGGGAUGAGAAAGAUGAGAAAGAUUCUUUUUUUUCCCAUUUCUUGUUUCUUUAUAUAUACUUUUUCUUUUUCUUUUCUUUUUCUUUUCUUUUUUGAAUUUUCCCCUCUCAUAUUCUAUGUGUCCUCUGAUCCUGCCUUGUCUAGUAGUUAGCCAGGUUAUCUUUCUCAUUAGGUAUUCUCGGCCCAACGUCAUCCCAUUCUAUCCCAUGAUUGAUAAUUGCUGUGCUCUUUGCUUCAUUUCUGUUUGUUUUCAUCGUCAUCUGAGUUACAGUUACACUCUUGUCCCGUUGUGUUUUUUUCAUGUAUGAGCUGAAUUGACGGGGUUGAUUUUAAAAUGAAUAACAGUCAUUUUCCCUUUUCUUCCGUCUUUUUGCUUCUAGUAGGUAGUUAACUAAUAAGAAUCUUGUGUGUAUAGCUUGUUUGUCUUGUGUCUUCCCCCCCCCCUCCUCUGUGCUACAUGUUUCGAA